AUGUCUGAUCCUAAGGCUUUGAGGUCGGAGAUUAUUGCUAGGGGCCCUUUGGAUCCUAAAGAGGCUAGAUGGACGAGAUUAGUCAAGACUACAUACCGGGAUCCUACCGGUGUAGAAAGGACGUGGGAGUCAGCGGAGCGUCAGACCCGCCCAGCAAACUGCGCAAUCGACGGUGUGGGGAUCGUGACCAUUCUCAACAAAUCGACGGGUCCAGAACUCCUUCUCCAGAAACAGUAUCGUCCUCCUAUCGACAAGGUGGUUAUUGAGGUUCCGGCUGGUCUCAUAGAUGCUGGAGAGACGGUGGAAGAAUGUGCCGUGCGCGAGCUUAAGGAGGAAACGGGCUAUGUGGGAGUGGCGGAGCAAACGAGUACGGUGAUGUAUAAUGAUCCCGGUUUCUGCAACACGAAUCUCAACAUGGUUCAUGUCCGAGUUGACAUGUCCUUGCCGGAGAACCAGAACCCGCAGCCACAGCUCGAAGAAAACGAAUUCAUCGAAUCAUUCACAGUGCCGCUGGCCUCUCUUUUCGAGGAGAUGAAAAAGCUUGAGGCCGAAGGAUAUGCUAUUGAUGCCCGUGUGGGAACAAUAGCAGAGGGUAUCGAGCUUGCGCAGAAGUGGAAGCUAUAG